ACUCUGGGUGGAUCAUUCAUCUUACCAGUACUCAACAAAAACAAGUACGACGCGUUUUCGCCACCAAUCGUCUUCCAGGGUAGUGCUGUGGUGGUUCGAUUCGGCAUCUAUAUUGAGUCGAUGAGUAACUUUGAAGCAUCCACUAUGGUUGGUUUCCAGUUCCCUGCUAAAUUCUAG